AUGUUACUGGUCAACACCGACACCCUCAAACUCGAGUCCAUCGUCUACCCGCCUCCCGGCUCCUACGCCAUCCUCUCGCACACCUGGACAAAGGAGGAGAUCAGCUUUCAGGACUGGAAGUGCAUCGAGACCGGCGGUCCCGAGGCCGACGCCCUCAAGGCCAAGGCCGGGUACGCAAAGAUCGAAAUGACGUGCCGCAUCGCAAAGGCCGACGGGCUCAAGUACGCGUGGGUCGACACGUGCGGGAUCGACAAGAGCAGCAGCGCCGAGCUGUCCGAGGCCAUCAACUCCAUGUUCAAGUGGUACCGGGACGCGCACAUCUGCUACGCCUACCUCUCGGAUCUGGAGAACGCGUCGGACACGAGUCAAUUACAGACGUGUCGAUGGUUCACCAGAGGCUGGACGCUCCAGGAACUGAUCGCGCCCCAAAAGGUGCGCUUCUACGACAAGUGGUGGGUCGAGGCCGGCACCAAGGCCAGUUUCCAGGAGCUCCUCGCCACCGUCACCCGCAUCGACGCGGACGUGCUGGUCAACGGCCAGAAUCUCGACUUCGUGCCCGUCGGCAGGAAGAUGUCGUGGGCGGCGCACCGCGAGACCAGCCGGGUCGAGGACCUCGCGUACUGCCUGCUGGGUCUCUUCAACGUCAACAUGCCGCUGCUGUACGGGGAAGGGGACCGGGCGUUUCUCCGUCUCCAAGAAGAAAUCCUCAAGGAGCACAACGACCUGAGUCUGUUCGCGUGGCAAAACACGUCGGGCACCUCGCUCUACCGCGGCAUCUUUGCAGAGUCCCCCACAGAGUUCUCGGACUGCUUCGACCUCAAGGCGCCGCACGAGCGGGAGAGUCUCGGGAACGAAGUCUCCAUCACCAGCAACGGGUUGCGCGCCGAAGGCAUCUUCCUCCCCGGUCAGAAUGACUGCUGCAUUCUCGAUCUCGGGUGCUGUCGCAGCGGAGCCACCACGGAUCCGGAAUGGUUGUACGUCCGCCUCAAAAAGGUGGGAGAGACGUUCGUCCGCGUCCUGCCGAAACACGUCACGGCCGAGAAAUCACGGCUCAUCUGGUGGCAGGGCAGCAGGCGCACGGUGUACGUCCGCAAGAGUGUCCACAGCCAACAGCUCACCGAGGCCAACUACCGCAUAUCCAGCGUGACGAUCCAGUUCGCCGAGUCUCUCCGGGGGAAAACGAAGCUGUGCGAUGUAUUGCCUCCACAGCAUUGGGAGGCAGAGACCACGCGAUUCUUCGGCUUCGAAUCCGCCAGCUUCACCGGCAUCGUACCGUUUGUGUUCGAGACAUCUCCCCCAGCACCUCGACUGCGGAGACGUCUCGUGCUCCUCUGCGGCGUGCACAAGUCCUUCAUCCGAAGCUGGAGGCUCGAUUCAUGGGCCGCCAUCUUCCAGGAGUCCGGUGCGAACGACGACCUCUCGACGGCGCUGGUGGCGCUGGCCCACGGCGACGACGCGAGCCUCUCCGAAACCCACCGGCAACACGUCAUCAAGGACGUGCUGUUUGCCAACUUCUCAGACACGUACGGGGUGUUGCGCGGCCUGGAUAAACGAAACUCAGUCCUGAUCAAGGACCAAGCCAGUCGGACCCAGUAUACUCUGUCGUUGGAGAUGCACGACGUCCCCGUGGGGAACACAUGGCGGGCCACAACGGCGACUAUCAACUGCGAGACGGUAAAUGUGCCCGUGGAGAAGGUCAGAAACCCGAAGGGACUCGUGAAAACAGAGGUCAAAAAGGUCGAGUCGUCGUUGAUGCCGAUAGAUACCAUCAAGCCCAGAGCCUCUGCUGUGGGUGUGGUGUAG